AUGGCGGGAGAGAUUAAGAGAACGUACGGCACCAAAGAACUGGAUGCGGGGUCUAAGAAACUCGAAGAGGGCUCAACGAGAGAGCAGUACGGCGAGAAACGUGUAAGAGGUUCUCCGGAGCACUACUCGAAUGGAACCGUGAAGUUCCUGGACAAGGACCGAGAGAGCACACAGCAACGCGAGGCCGUGAUAAGGCCCCAGCAGGCGGGGAAAAUAGACUUUAAGUCGCUGCAGAACCGCCCCAAGUUCACCAGCGACAGCAGGCCAUGGCCCGGGGGUAAGGGCAGCCCCCAGUCGCCAAGCGGCAAGAGCCGGAACCGGGACAAGGGCAAGAAAUCCAGCAAGUCGGAUCGCGGCAACCCGCAGCAGCUGUACCGACUGAGCAUCACGAACCCCCGCUCCAACAACCCCACGAUCGGGAUCGCCUACCCGCAGCAAAAGGUGCCGCCGCCCAAGAAGCUGGAGGCCAGCCGGGGACCGGUGUCCGGCAGCUACAGGUUCCACGUGCCCAGCAUCCCUGAGCGGGAGGCCGAGCUGCAGCAGGAGGAGCGGAGCUACAGCCGCUGCUUCCCAGAGGGCCCCUCCAACCUCACCUCCUCCAGCUAUACCUCACAGGUGGUGAUGCUCUUCUCAGACUUUCAGCUGAACGGGACCGACGCGUGGCAGUCGCCGGAAAGGACGCUCGCUGGCGCCGCCUAUGGGAUUACAGCGCAAAAAGCCAACAUCGGCGUUGAGCCGAACAAGGCCGGCUUCAUGCCUAUGUCCUACCAGUAUGGCUUUCCGCUGCUGGAGGACUCGGCCACGGACGCUUUUUCUUGCGACCAGAACCCUCCGUCACAGGAUUAUAUGGACGCUUCCUUGGCCUCUUCUGGCCAGGUGCCUCACAACCCGUUUGCCUUCCAGGCCUCCGCAGAUGGACAGGAGGCAGGACAGGGCGGCAGUGGUCAGUUCGGCGGCGAACAGAGCGACGACAGGCCGCCGUACACCCUGCCCUCUCAGCCGCAGCAGUACCUGCAGAUCCCACACGGGCCUCCGUCUUCCAUGCACUGCACCAGGGGCAUGGGCGAGGACACAGGCCUGGGGGAGAGCUCUGGCCCCAGUUCGGAGCAGGGCAAAGCCGGCAUGGUGGACAAAACAGACGGAGCAGCGGGCAAAAGGAACUGCCACCCCAAAGACGGCGGUGCCACCGCCGCUGCCGCCAAUCAGAGGGUCCUCAUUCAAAACAACGUCCACCAUAUCAGAAACAUUGCACAGGGCCCCGGCUCUCAAAUGCACUUUCCUGGCAAAGCUUAUGGCAGCCCCCCACUUAACGCUGUCCACAUGGGCCCAGUGCCUCAUGAUAAGAACAUGGGCAAGAGUCACAGCCGGGCUUCGCAGCCGUGGGAGGGCCAGAACAAAGCCUUUCCGCCCAUGGAGCAGAACUCUCUGGCCUACUCCAGCCUGCCAGAGAAAUACCCCUUUCCGUGCCAGCCGGCACAUGACCAGAGGCAGGGCCCAGGUAAAAACAGCCGCAUGACCUGGCAGCAGAUCAGGUCAGCCAUGCCAAACCAGAACCGGAUCGAGCUCUCCAGGCAACUGAGCAAUCAGAAGCUGACGUUUGUGAUCGCACCCAGCGAGUGGCAGGAGGAGGAGAAAUUGCACAAGGCCGGUCCACUCAAAAGUCCUGGCUCCUUCCAGAACAAAAGGCUCUCUGAGGGGUACUCGAACCAAAGACAGGAGAGUGUCAAACAGACUUGUAGCACGGGGUUGCCCCCCUGUCCCUAUAAAAGCAAAGCUGAGGCAAGUCACGUGCAGGCCUGCGAUGCUAAGAAUAAGUCGCUAUACUUUGGCAUGAACCAAUCGAUACCCGGGGCAUCCAGCAGAGCAUGUAACUAUCCUCCUAUGCAGGUGCCACCCAUGGGCAUGAUGCUUGUGUCCCCCUACGAGUCCCCCUUGCCCUCCCCCACUCAAAACCCUGCCUCUAGCAGUACGUGCUCGUCCCUCUCACCUGCUUCCACGAGCCCUGUCAACAGCAGCUCUGACGAUAGCCAAAUCUCAAAGCCUGUUGGCCCACCACCAUUCUACCAUCAGCAACAGGGUAAGGCACUGACAUCCACGGAUCACCUCAACACAAACCAUCACCAUUUCCAUGCGGAUGCCUCGCGCAGUCUGCCCUACCCCACAGACAGACCCAAGGAGGACAUGAUGGGUUUUCUGCAGAACAACAGAGCACACCCAAAGUCCAGUAUGGAUAGUAGCAAAGGCUGUAUGGACAACUUUGGGAUGGAGCAUCAUCCUCCACCCCCGUACUCCGCCCACCAACUACUGGCCACUUCCUUAGCUACUGCGAACCUCGACCAGUUGGAUGUGUUGCUCACUUGCAAGCAGUGUGAUCAGAACUUCAACAACCUGGUGUCUUUCCUUGAACAUAAGCAGUACUGUGGACAGCAUGCGUUUGCACAAAACGAUUUCAAAGACAUAUCAAAAGUCGAGGACCACAAAAAGUUCCAAAUGGAUCCCACCAAAGCCCUGACCUCUGGGACAGGCUUUUCUCAAAUGUCACGUUGCCCAUCAGACCUGCAUUUAUCUCUGCUUGGACUGAGCAAGAAUGGUGAACUAAUACCUGACACAGAGGCAAAAGGUGACACCAAAGACGACCCCUUGAAAUUGAACUUGUUUUCGGGGGGCAACCACCCUCCUGUUUCUCUUCCUGACUUAGAAAUGGAGGAUGCUAAAUUAGAUAGCCUUAUCACAGAAGCUCUGAAUGGACUUGGGUAUCAGUCUGACAAUGCAGAGAUUGACAGCAGCUUUAUCGAUGCAUUUGUGGACGACGAACUCACAACUGCCAAGUGCACGUCAAACAGGCAGACACUGAAAACAAAGGACUGUGUGCUGUUUGAGAGUCGAACCAAGCAUGAAGCAACCGCUAGUGAAAGGUCGUACACGCAAGGAAAAUGCCCUUAUGACUCUGACAUAGACAGCCACAGCACUGACAGCAAGCAGACAGAAAGUAGUAAUACAGAGAGCCAGAGCUUAGAACAGAGUGAUGACACCAACUCCAAGGAGGAGAGCUCGCCAGAGAGUCUCAGUGUCUCCUCCCUAGAUAAGAGCAGAGAGCAUAAACAGUGGAUGAAAGAAACACGAAAGUCAGAAACGACAUUAGAGGAAAGUUCAGGUAAUCCUCGCUUUGUCUUGUCCAAAAAGUUCUCAGAGCGCUGUGGAAUUAAGAGCGUGCAGGAAAGCUCCCUGUUUGUCAAAUCAUCCGUUCCUCAAUCCCCGUCUGGCAACAGGACGUCCACCACCCAGAGGCUCGUGACCCGGGAGGGGAAGAGGAAAAGGACAGGCGGAGGAACAUGGAGCAAGGAGCUGAUCCACAAAAUUGUCCAGCAGAAGAACAAGCUGCACAAGCUCCACGUCAAAGGCACGAAAAAUAUGCAGUUCUCCCUGGUAAUGGAGAGGCUGACCCCCACCGUGCAGACCCCCACGUUCAGGGAAUACGACUACGUGUCUGACUCUGACGAAGACUGUGAGCCUCUGAAGAUCGCCGGGAAAGGCCGCCUCAGCCAGAGCAUCCGCUGCAAGUACACAUACACCAAAGAAUGCAAGGGCAGAGCGAGGAGCGAGAAAAGCCGAGACCUCCCGUGGAAGCAGGAUAAAAACGACUGUUUCGAGUCCAAAAAGGCGGACGAUGUGCCCCUGUCUCCCGUGAAAGAGAGGCUGAGGCGGCGGAGCAGCAGGUCUUCCACCAGCAGCGAGCUCAGCACUUCAGUGAGCCUCUCCAGCGACAGCAUCAGCAGCCCUAAGAGCACCGACCGCACGGACUCGGACAGCGAGAGAAAAGUCGAGGUGAAGCGGAAGGACUCGGACUCCUUUGAGCAGAACGGGCUCGAGCGGUCACCGCACAGGGUACGCCGAGAGUCCAACACCUCCCUGGCAUUGUCCUUCUCCAAAAACACCAAGCGGUACAGCACAGAGAAGAUUCUCCUCUCUGCCAACAAAGAGGACUCGACGACCACCACAAAAUGCUCGAGCAGUAGCAGCAGGAACACUGAAAUUGUGUCUGAACUCACAAAGACCAGGAGUGUUUUUAGAUUCAAGAGCACAGAGGUGUCAGCCGUGGCAAAGGAGGACCUUUUCAGCUGUGAGACUGGCAUCAUGGCGAGAACGGAAGAGUCCACAUGUCACACAAAAGAGAGUCACAAAACCUGCUCCAGCUCUAAACUCUACUCAUCAGAGGUACUGAGCAACAAGGAGUUAAACAGUAACAGCAAGCAAAAGAAAGAUGACAGUUCAUCAAAAGUGAAAUCAUCUCACAAAAGAAAGGAUGAAAGUGUCAGUGAUGUCGCACUGCAGCAUUCAGACACCCCAACAAUUGAGUUUGAUAAGCUUACUCAUGGUGUGCAUGGUGACAGCAAAGAGCCAACAAACUUCCAAACUGAUUUAGAGAAAAAGCCCCCAUCACUGUGCAAUGUGCUGAUCGAUGAAGUGUGUUUGUCCCCCACCAAUUUACAAGACGUUGCUGUGCAGAAAGACUCUAUGAGGCACAGCCUCAUGCCUUGUCCUUUGGAACAGGACCAGAGUUUGUUAAAAUCUCCACUCUCGUUUGAUACGUCGUCCAUGUUUGGAGACCUCACAGUCGGUGCCUUCGACAACAACCUCUAUCCAGACAUACAGCUGAAUAAAGACAGCUUUAGUCCAUUGGAGUCGACCAGUGACAAAAAGGAAAUGUUUGAGUCCUCCUUUUCUCCUUUCCUGGAGCAAAGGGACUGGGGCUUAAUGGUAGAUGUCACUCCAGAGCUCCCAGACGAGAUCUCCCAGUACAAAGACGACUCCGAUGCGGAGAGUGAGAAAAAGAACAGUUUUGGCGCAGUGCCGUUCUCUCUGCCAGACAAAAUCAUGAACUACAGCACGGGCCUGAGCAAUUGUGUGUCCGAGGACGAGCUGGAGAUCAAGCGAAUUGUUACCGAGCUGGAGAGCCAGCUGCAGACGAACAAGCUCAGCGCUUCCCCGCUGCUCGAGGAGGAGCUCCCGAAACAGCUGACCAUGAGCAAAUUCUCACCCCUGCGGCUAGACCAGGAAACUGAUAAUGAGCAGAGCAGCCUAGAGGUGGACUGCGCUGGUGAGAGUUUAGCACUGACAGCACCGAGCUUGCCUGCGGAUCCCCACUCUGAAGGAUUCUCGGAGCCUGAGAUGCCCUGGGCUAGUCCUCUUCAGUUUGGGCUGGUGGAGACGCAGCACUGCCUCCACACCCCGACACACUCCAUCACACACACUCACGACACUCUGAAUGAUAAAGUCGGCACUGGUGGUGACAUAUCUGUGGCAGAGAGAGACGACCACCCAUGUACACCUCAUAAAUCAGAAGGUGACAGCGACGUCAAGAGCCUGCACACAGACAAAUCCGAGGAGAUGCUCGAGAAUGAAAUGUAUAAGGAAAAUCUUAUGAAAAGUCUGGAAAAUAGCGCCAGCCACACCGGCCAAGGAAACUUUCAGUGUGAGAUUUGCUCAAUGUACUUCCGUACUCUGCCAGGACUGAAAAGACACAAAGCCAUGAAACAUGUGGCUGACCCUUUCCCUGAAGAGCUGCUGUCCAUGCUGGACACAGACAUACUGCAUUCCAUACCCCCUGAGUUUCCACCCGUGUCCCAACAAGGAUGCUGUCCAUUCCCUGAAAAGACAAAUGCAACCAGUAGCCAUGAAGGGUCUGAAGUGGCCGGCCCAGAGAACCUUACUAUGGAGACGGAUAUUAAUGACCAUAAGUUCACUACAUCUCCCAAAGACUCAUUUCAUAUUCAGAAGCAGGAUCUUGUGGCCAGCGAUAGUGAUUCCCUACACAGUGGCCUAAAACCCUCAGACACCCCAGAAGAAGCAGGCACCAGUGCAACAAAUGAAGGGAUUGUCAAGGACUUUGAGAUGAGUGGGGAGCAUGAAUUGGGACAGAAAAGCAUGAAUGCAGAGCUGCAGGAAAAAACGGAGGUGGAGAUCAAAAGUGAAAGCAGUAAUGACCCCAGAGAAAACACCGACCCACUCAAUUGUUCUUUUAAAGAUCCCCCAGCUAGUCCCUCUGGUCUUGGACCGGACCUUGACUCCCUCCUUGACGAUGAGAGUACAUUCUCACAGUUAUUCCCUCGGACUGAAGAAAUGAAAAGGAAGAAGUGUCCAAGGGUGUACGGCAAGAGCAAUAAGAAACAAAAAGUAGCCUCAAAUGUGCCAGCUGUUCAGGAAUAUCCUCCUGCUGACAUGUUUCUUGACAGGAGAGAGGACUAUAAGGAAAGUAAAACUGACAAAAUGUUUGUGAAUAAUAUUAGCGCUCCUGAAUAUGAUAUGAUGACUAUUGAUGAUGCAAUCAUACUAGACAUGUGUCACAAAGGUGUGAUGAAAGGUUCUGCUGAAAAAGAUUGUCACAGUGACAGCAUGACAAAAGAAAAAGGCUGUGAUGAGACCGCAGACCAUGGUGCGAACACAUUCUUAUGCCCGACUGAGGACAUCAUCAGUAAGGUCCCUGUGCCCUUGGGGCCCCUAAAUCCUGUUGCCAACACAGAUCCCCUGGUCUCUCCAGACGUUGAGUCGUGCAAAUCAGAACACACGGAUGCUUACUCUGGUGCUCCUCCCUGUGUUCAGGAAAAUGCUUCACAUUUCCCCAGCAUUGACAUUCAGAACCUCAACACCACAUUCCAGCUUCCAGAAAUUCAGUUUUUUGAACCUAGCAAAGACAUCUCGAUAGUUGGGAGCAUCAUCAGUGAAGACGAUGUGUUGCAGAGUCUCCCCACUGAGAGUGAAAAACCUUCGAAGAAGCCGGCGGAGCGAAGGGGCAGGAAGCGUGGCGAGGCCGGACUGAAGCCCAAGGACAAACAGUACAAGUGCAAAGUCUGCUUCACCUGGUUCCUCACCUUAGGCGAGCUCAACUUCCACAAGCUCUCCCACAAUCCAUCACCGCCACCCACCUGCUACAUGUGCGUCCAGCGCAAGUUCAGCUCCCGUGAGCAACUCCGCGAUCACCUGAGGGAGAAGCACGCCAAGAACAAGGCAGGCGUGUGGGCCUGUGGCAUGUGCCUGAAGGAGAUAUCAGACGUGUGGAUGUACAACGAACACCUGCGCGAACAUGCCACCCAGUUCGCCCGCAAGGGCCAGACUCAGAGCUCCCUCCUUGACAUGCCUGGGUGCUUCAUGCAGGAGAACGCUGUGAAGAACUUCAUCACCUCCAUUAUGCAGCACCAACCCAGCAAAUCCACCAGAGGAGACAAGUCGCUCUCUAGGGAGGAAAGGAGAGCCAUGCAGGACACAGCUGGGCAAGAAACAAAGACAGAUGAUGACAGCGAGCCCAUUGUAACCAAGACCAAAAGCAGUGGCGGAGGUAGCAAGCACAGCACUUUCACUCCGCUCGAGGUCCUGAAGGCUGAGAUUGCUCCAAAGAACGUUGAGAUGCAUCCCAACUGCAAAGACCCCUCCAGAGACUGCCACCACUGUGGCAAACAGUUCCCGAAGCCGUUCAAGCUACAGCGACAUCUCGUGGUGCACAGCUUACAGAAGAUCUUCCUCUGCAACAAAUGCCCCGUCUCCUACCAGGAGGCCAAGGACCUUAAGGACCAUCUGAAGAACGAGCACGAGGAGGUCGACGAGUCUGACUCCAAACACACCACUCUGUACACCUGUGAGCUGUGCGCUGACGUGAUGCACGUGAUCAAAAAGUCCUUCAUAUGCAGCACUUGCAACUACAUCUUCUCCAAGAAAGAGCAGUUUGACCGCCACAUGGAGAAACAUCUUGCUGGUGGAAACAAAAUCUUCAAGUUCAGAGGGGUCCUACGGCCUUGCAAAAUGACGACGUCCAAAGACGACAGCUUCAACUCACCACCAAGCAAGAAGAGAAAGAUCCUACCAGAGAGCCUGCAGGAAAAUAGCUCAGACAGUGGUAUUGCCAGCGUUGCUUCUUGCCACUUAGGUCAGAGUGUCGAGCUGGAGGCUCUGAAAUCUUCAAUGGCUGAGCCUAUGCAGUGCAGUGAUGACAAUGAGCAUCAGACAGAGACAAGUGACACAGACGUGAAGACGGAGGACGAGAUUGUUGAAGAGCUCAAACAGUGUCAGUUCAAUGUAGACUCUGCAGUCCAAACCUCCCCCCCGAAAGCUAUUCCAAAGAUGGAGGAGAGUGAUGAUCUGUCCCACGUUGAACCUGCCCAAGAGACAAACAACAACGGAAAAAACGUUAAGUGUAUGACAGUCAACUGUGACGUUAAGGAAGAAGAUGACCCUCUGGCCAGCCCAAAACAACUCCUUUCACCCAUAAGUGUUGCGGGAGACGAAAGAGAUUGCACAAGCAAACCUAAUCAGUGUUUUUCAGAAGCAAAUAUCCACGAGAGCUUAAAAGAGGCAGAUCAUAACAAGAGAGGAGGAGAAUCUUCUCCCGGGAGCCAGGACAAGUCACAUGCUGGUGAUCUGUCCCACAAAGAGCCCCAGUCUUGCAGCCCCAAGCUGACAGAACAAACGAGAGAAGAGAAAGCUAAAGACCACCCUGUCAUCACCGCAGCCUGUGACACUGAGGGCAAAGAUCCUCCAUCUGCAAGUGGCACUGACCAAUUUGUUAGUCCUCAGAUGAAGGAGAAAGCAUCUUCCAGAGCAGGUGAGAACCACAAGCACAGUCCUGGAGCCAGCCCAAGGGCAUUGUCUUCUGGAAACGCAGAGGUGUCGCCAGUCCAUCAUGCCAAGGUCACUGCCUUGACCUCGUCAUCCAACGAGGAAAAGGAGUCGACAAGACCGCAGAAAAAAAGGAAAGAGCCGAAAGUGACAUACAGCUCACAGAAGACAUCGUCAACGGUUGCACGGGAGAAUCUCGGCAUCGACUCAAAGGUGAAAAAGAAGUUCCGUCUGAGCAAAGCUGAACUCCCUUCAGGCCUGAGAAAGCCAGAGGCCCCAGGUGACUAUCCCGUGCUCUCGUCUGUGAAGGACGACAUUGUCAGCAACAAGAUUGUCUCCAAGCACAGGUCAGGGACUCUUGGCCUGCAACUCAAAAAGGGCUCCCUCGACAAUUAUCCACCAAAGAAGACAGAGAUUGUACGACAUUUAAAUGUGGAGUUCAAAGGGAAGAGGUUAGGUCCUGGCCGGCCUGUCCAGUCUCCCACUUCCAAAGUGUCAGUGCCAUCAAUGAACAAUUCCUUGAACAAGUCCAAACCUAAAGCAGGGGUCAGAUCUGUGGACACACACUCCUACCGCACUGCAGAGUCACAGAAUAACCUCCUGAGCCAGUUAUUUGGCCAGAAACUCACUAGCUUUAAGAUUCCUUUAAGGAAGGACACUUCUGAAUCAAUAAACUGAGGGAGAGUACCCUGAGUGAGCUGGAGACACCAGAAAGUGGCGGACGAGACUGUACUGGGGAAACGUUCCCGACUCUCCCCUCAGUGAUAACGUUUUCACUUUUUAUUUAGUCACUUUAUUUCUUUUUCAUCUUCAUUUUUUGUAAAUGUACUGUUGCAUUAAUGUGAGGACCAAUUGAAAAGACGAGUUUAUGAAAUAUAAAAUAUUUUUGAAAGGACUUCCCUUUCCUCUGAAGUUUGACAUUAUCUUUUUAAGAGAGACUUUAUUUCAUUUACAAAAAAAAAAGAAAAGAAAAAAAUAUUACUUGAAAAUAAACUGAAAAUAUUUUUGUUAAAUAAUGCAUGACAGUAUGACCUUCACAAGAGCGAUUUUCUUUUGGGAGAAUAGGACCAAAGGACUCUGCAAAAUAAUAUGGACCAUGGCAAAGCAUCUUUGUUUAUGCUUUAGAGACUUACUGCUUUUAUUUCCUUUUACUUUACUGUACUGCAGUGACAUUCUUUGUAUUGGCUUUUGUAUAACAUUAACUGGUGCUAUUCUAUGUUGUACUGUGAUGUGAACACAAAUGUCGUCCAUUGGAAGAGAAAAGGUCACACCUUCUCUUCUCUUCAUCCCACAUGCUGGUACUCAAGGUCCUGCACAAAUGUAGUAUGCAAGAAGGAAUUACUGUUGAUAAUAUCAAAUGGUGCAUUUCUUUUUUAAGUGUUUAUUUGGCUUCUUGGAAAGGGUAUCAUGACAGCCUUUUUAAUCAUUUGCAUGAGAUCACAUCUGUCGAACUCAGGUGCUAACAAGCCCUUAUCUGAAAGCUCUCCCGUGCACUGAUGUUUCCACACAGAAGACCCACACACCAUCAUCUGUCUGUCCUGCAAAUGUUUAGGACUCUUAUUUACUAGAUUCCAAAAAGGUGCUUUAUCUUGUUUAUAUGUAUCUUAACUUUGUAUAAUAUUGUAGGUAGUUUAUUUCUUGUGCAAUGCAUAAUGUCAAAGGUUUAUUUUAAUAAUAUGCAACAGAGUCGAAGAAUAAGAAGAAAGGGAAUUUAUGAUUGCCAUUGAAGUGCUUCACAAAGUGCCUCAUAAAGCUGGUUAUUG